AUGGUUCAAACAAUUUUCACGCAUAACCCGAGACUUUUAUUUGUCCAAACAGUUCCUCCACCAAUGGAUAUUACAGCACAGUUACCAAUUCAAUCUAUUUCAGUAGAAUUCAUAUAUCCAAGUUUUUUAUAUGAGUCAAUAUCAGAUAGAGCCAAAAAAGCUUUUACAGAUCUUUCUCAAUUUAACAUUGCAAACGUUUUUUCCGAGAAAUAUUGCUUUGUUCUUGAUCUUCCUGCAACUAAGAUUUCAAAUGAAGCUGUUGAUCCAUUAAUCAUGUUUUCUGAACUAAUGCACUUUCAAUAUUCAUCCAAGAAAGCUUGUUUAUACAGACAUCCAUUUGAAUUUGAUAUGAAUUUUAAAUGGAAGAAUUUAAGCAGUCCAGACUCAGAUCCAUUCCUCUUUGACCCACCUAGUACAUUGAAUAUCUAUCUAAGCAGCCUUGCAAUGAAUAUUCCGUUGACAAUCCAACAAAUCAUGAAAUUAACAGAACUUUUCAUUGAAAACAACCUUUGGAACAACAUUGACAUUGUUCAUCAAAACCAAAGCAUUAAACUAUAUAUGUGUGAGAUCUACAACAGAGAUCUUUGGACUUGUCCGCUUGUUUCUUUCAUUUUUUCACAAGAAGAUUACGGAUACAUUGUUUUUUCGAUGCUUCGAAGUGAUUCAUUUGUCCAAAGAGUCAGAUCGAAGCAGAUUGGAAAGUUUAAGAAAGGAGUUUGCUUAAACUGGCUUCCAGAUGGUUAUUCUGCAGGAUUUUUCUUUUUCAAACGUGAUAAUAUGAUUCUUCUUGAGUUUAUUGAGACAAUCGGAUGGGAUUUCGAUCCAGAACUAGCUGAUAAAACACCAGAACAAUACGCACUUAACAGAUCAAUGACUGUUGCAAAUUUGGCAUCAUUUAUCACAUCAAAUAUAUCUAAUCAAUAG